AUGUGUUCUGAAAAGGUGCAAGUGUUGCUCAUUAUAACACCUAGGUCUUUAACAUGCAACUUUUAUGGAAUUGCUUCUGAUUCAACCACCAAUCUGUGUAUCAUCUGCAAAGCUAAGUCACAUCUCAGUAAAGUUAAAUUAAGAGGUGAUGUUAAAAACAUUUCGUCGUUCAUUAAAGAUACAAAUAACUUUUUAAGAAAAUUGAGAAACCUUCCUACUCUACCGGAUGAUGUUUUACUCUGCACGGUCGAUGUUCUAGGACUUUACCCUAAUAUCCCUCAUCAGGAUGGGUUGGCAGCUUUACAUAGGGUGUUAGAUGUUAGAGAGGAUAAGAGCGUCUCCACAGAAACCCUGAUGGAUCUUGCGGAGUGCGUUCUCCAGAAUAAUGUGUUUGAACACAACAAUAGGUUUUUUAGGCAGCUUCAAGGAACGGCAAUUGGUACAAAAAUGGCCCCUUCAUAUGCAAAUAUUUUUAUGAGUGAUUUGGAGGAGCAGUUUUUGGAAUCCUCAAUGCUCAAGCCUCUUGUUUGGUGGAGAUAUAUUGAUGAUAUUUUUAUGUUGUGGCAGCAUGGAGAGGACAAAUUGAUUAAGUUCCUUGAACUUUUAAAUAGUUGCCAUCCCACCAUUAAGUUUACCCAUUCAUUUUCUAGAGAUAGUGUUAAUUUUUUAGAUGUAAAGGUUAUUCGCAAAGACAACCACCUUAUUACCGACCUAUAUGUGAAACCUACUGAUACUCAUCAGUAUCUGCAGGCUUCAUCUUGUCACGUUCCUCAUUCCAUCAGAGGUAUAGCAUAUAGUCAGGCACUUCAGCUUAAUAGGAUUUGUUCAGAGGGAGAGUUUUUCGAUAAGAGGUGUAAUGAGCUGGAAUCAUGGUUGCAGGAUAGAGGUCACCGUAGUAAGAUGGUGAGAAAGCAAGUACUUAGGGCUCGAAAAUUCAGACAAGAUGACUUGCUGAAUACUAUCAAAACUAGGAAUAAUGAUAAUAAAUUCACCUUUAACAUUACUUACCACCCAGCAUUUAUGAAAAUUAGGCGAACGUUAUCUAAAAUACACCUGCUUUUGACACCAAAUGAAGAACAUCGCAAAGUUUUUCCUAAUGUACCUAUUGUGGGGUUUAAAAAGGGGAAAAGUUUGCAAGACUUUCUUGUGCGGGCAAAGUUACCUGAGAUCAGGGAGAAAGCCAACGGGUGCAGAAAAUGUGGUGCUAACAGCUGCGAUGUAUAUAAAAAACAAAGGUAUGAGUCAGAAAAUGUUGUUGGGGAGGACUGUAGGCCACUUGCCAUUGAUCCCUUUGUUAAUGGUUAUUUUGUUGCAGCAACCAAAUAA